AUGCAGUUUGCACUUCUUCUCCUCCUGGCUACAGGCAUUUCAUGUGCCAUAGAUUUGGCAAUUCGUGGAGGGGGAUCCACGGCUAGCCAACAGCCUGGCAUUGAAACUGCUAUCCAGAAAUCCAUCUCACCAGUCGACUGUCUCCUCACAACCAGCAAGGAAGGCCAUGUAUCCCCAGCCUCGGUUGUGCCAUUUCCAAAAACGACUAUAUGCACACAGCAGUGUGUGGUUCUGACAUUUUCCACUUCAAUCAAGCCAGCCGGCAGUUCGGUGUAUCGCGGUAGCAUACCGCCUAUCUCUACGUCUUGUCUCACAACCUCUACCACCGCUACUGAUUAUUCUGAAUCACCUACGCCUCUUCGCUCGUUGGUCUCGGGUCCAAUUUCCGUUGCGACAAGGGUGCCGUCUUUCGCCUCUUCCUCGACCGGUUUGACUGCGAUGAGCUCGAGCAGCACCUUGAUUUCGGAGCCAUGUUCAACUGAUGUUACCAUCACGAAAACAAUCGUGGAGACGUGGUGGUCCAGGGCACCGGCGACAACAACGUUGGCGCGCACUCGGUCUGUCACGAUAACGACGGUGAUCGUGGAAACGUAUUCGACAUCGACGGGAGAGAGAACGCUGCUGGCUACUCGAACGGCAACUACGACCUUCGUAAGCUUAGAUACGACGUGUUUGGGGGAAAAGAACUGCUGUGCUGCCUGUCCGACGCCUCCCGUGCCAGAACCAAGCGAUCAAGGCUCUUUUACCCCUGAAUCUUCGGUUACCAGCGACUUCGAGAGUCAGAGUAUUGCGGUUGAUUCGACAAUGCCGACGACAGAGGGAGAUAUCACGUCAACUUCUGCUGCCGGAGCAGCUGCUGUCACUGCAGGGCUUGUCGGUGCUUUGGUUGGAUUUCUGGCUGUGUUGGCAUGA